AAAGCAGCUAUAGUAGAGAGGCCUCUGCCUGUACUUCCUGCGUAUGCCACAAGUUUACAGUACAUAUCAGCUCAUUUGUGUUCAGGCACGCUAGUUGCUACUUUCACCAGAUGCAUAUGUCGGCUGGUGUGUCCAGAUGACUCAUCAGGAGCAGCAGGAGAUCCUGUUUAGGGAGAGCCUGGAGGCAGCUAUGUCCUGGAUGUUGGCCGUCCAGGAGCGGCUCCGGCUCAACGACAACACCCAGGGCCCCCGGGCCGCCCUGGAGGCCAGACUCAGAGAGACAGAGAAAAUCCACCAGUCGGAGCACGAGGGUCAUGUGAAGUUUGACAAGGUGCUUGUAGCUGCAGAGGUCUUACUGCAGAACGGUAACCAGGGGACGAGGAACAUCACCCACGCCAGACUCAAAGAACUCAAAGCAUUAUGGGAGGAGACCUGCACCUACAUCAUCCACUGCCACAGCCGUAUAGAGUGGGUGUGGCUGCACUGGAGUGAGUACCUGAAGGCGUAUGAGGAGUUUGAGAUGUGGCUGGUCAGUGUGCGUCGCAGUCUGGAGCCGGAGGUGGAGCUGCAGCUGGGGGUAAAGGAGAAAUUGUGGCAGGUAGACAACCAGCGCAUCCUGCUGAGUGACGUCCAGAACCAGGCACUGUUGCUGGAGAGGCUGGUGGACGAGGCUGCAGCGCUGCACAACCGCAUCCAGGAUCCCAGUGUGGACCAGGAAGCACAGGAGAGACUCCAGCUGGCCUAUAACAGCAUACGGGACAAGGCUGAGGAGAGGUUGUCGGUGCUGCAGAAGAUGGCUGAAGAGCACCAGAUGUACCAGAGAGAUGUCCUGAAGUUCCAGGCCUGGCUGGUGUCCAAGACUAAGGAGCUCAACACCCUCACUGAGACAGAGGACACAGCCGAGAACAAACUCCGAGCCCUACAGACCCUGGAUGACAACGUGGCCAGUGAGGAGAGGACACUGCAGCACAUCGAGGUCAUGGCGGAGGCAGUGCGGGCCAACACGUCCCCCGGGGGGGCGGAUGUGGUGGUGGAGGAAGCAGAGGAGCUGCGUCUGGACUGGCAGAGGCUGAGACAGAGCUUGUGUGAGGUCGGAGAGAGCCUGAAGAGCAGCCUGGACUCUCAGAGCCAGUACCAGAGCCGCUGCCAGCGCCUGGGGGAGGACAUCAGGCAGCUCCGGGGCCUGCUCCACAGACUGACCAGAGACCUGGAGACAGCCAGGGAGGGAGACAGGACCAGAGAUCUGGAGACAGCCAGGGAGGGAGACAGGACCGGAGAUCUGGAGACAGCCAGGGAGGGAGACAGGACCGGAGAUCUGGAGACAGCCAGGGAGGGAGACAGGACCAGAGACCUGGAGGCAGCCAGGGAAGGAGACAGGACCGGAGAUCUGGAGACAGCCAGUGAGGGAGACAGGAUUGAGGAACAGAUGGUUGGGCAGUGGAGGAAAUACAUGAACAUCCGGAAUACUUUAUUGGCAGAGGAAUCCCAGGUGGAGCACCUCAAGGCCCAGCUUAAAGAACUCUUCCGCUUUUCCCAAGAUUCCCAGCAUCUCUCUGUCGACGUCCUGGCUGUGGUGAAGGAACAGCAGAGUGUGAAGUGUCGUGCUGUGAAGCUAUGUGUGGAGUCAGAGUUGGGGCUGAGACAAGUGCUGCAGGACCCUCUGCAUGGAUUCUCUCAGUGGAGUCAGGUUGUCUCUCAAGUGCUGGAGUCUUCUGCUGAAGUGUCUGAGUUCUCACACGUCGCCAUGCUGGUGCAGAACAUCCAGAGGUUGCUGAAGCACAGUCUGCAGCUGCAGGAGCAGUUGCGUUUGAUGCUGUUGAAGAGAGAUCUGCUGUGUUCAGUGUUCGGCUCAGACAGAGCAGAGAGUCUAAUGACAGAGCUCAAUGACACCGUGAGGAGCAGGGAGUUACUGCACAACCAGCUGCUGCAGAGGAAAGCAAGAUUGCAGGGUUUGAUCUCAAGGACAAAGGACUUUGGGGACGCCUGCAAGUCAAUCAGGAACAAGCUGACCCUGCUGAGAGAGAGACUGAUCUCAGCAGACAGCCUCCAGCCAGACAUACUGGCCAAGAAGAGCCAGUCAGACCAGCAACGGGUGAUCAAGAAGGACUUGGAGGACUGUGAGGCCCACAUCACAGCUCUGGAGACUCUGGUGUUGUCUAGCUCUGCUAACAGGACACAGUUUGAGAGGCUUUACGGAGACUGGAGAAUCCUUUACAAGUCCGUCAGGGUAAAGGUGAAGGAGAGUGAGGAGAGCAUCGGGGAGCACGAGAGUUUCCACGAGAGCCUGCUGAACGUGGAGAAGUGGCUGAUGAUUAUGAGGCAGAAGCUGGAAUCCUACCGCAGUUCUACUGGGGAGUGGAGCCUGGACAACAGACAGCAAGAGGCUGAGAGGGCACUAGGUGAGUUCCCAGAGAAGGAGCUGCAGCUGCACCAGACAGAGGUGCAGGGCCAGGGGGUGCUGGAGAGGACCUCUGAGGAGGGACGAGUGCACAUCCUCAGGGACAUGAAGCACCUGAGGGAGUCCUGGAUGGCCCUCCAUGACCUCAGCCUCAACCUCUUCAGGCUGCUGAAUGGGCACAGCUCUGAGGACCCUGACUUAGACACCCAGAGGGAGAGGGUGAGAGGCCAGGCUGGGGAGAGGCCAGGCCCAGGCAGGGAGCUCUUUCCUGGGGAGGGAGGAGACAUGAUCAAGGGUAGUGGCUCCAGCAGCAGUAGGGAGGGUGCUCUAGAGAGAUCCCCAGGAGAGGGCCAUGGGGUCUGGCUCUCUCAGAGCUCUGGGGUGGGGGCUGGGAGAGGGGGAAGAACAGGGUUAGGAGGAAGGUUGGAGCAAGGGGAAGGAGUGGAGAGUUUUGGAGCAGAAGAGGGUAUUUGGGUCGAGGGAGCGUUUGAGGGCAGUAUGGAGGUUAUGGAUCUCUCUGAACAUGGAGAGAGACAGGGCAGGGAUCGACAGACUCUUGGUCAACAACUGAGUCCUAUGACGUUAACCUUGGCGGGCAGUCAGAGACGGAGACAGGGCGGUGGGAGUGAAAGCAGGGACAGGGAGAGGGAAAGGGAGAAGGAGAGGGGUGGCGGUGAGCACAGCCUGGGUGUAGAGGAGGUGGACUCCUCCAUCGUUUGGAGAGGGGGGUAUGGUCAGAGGGGAGAGGAGGGAACCACAGGGAUGACAUCAGGCCACACAGGGGGCAGAAGCACCCAUGGUGGAGGAGGUGGGGGGGUGGUGGUGGUGGUGGACUCUGGCUCCAGGGUUAGCGGGGUGGUGGGGGACUCUGGCUCCAGGGUUAGCGGGGUAGUGGGGGACUCUGGCUCCAGGGUUAGGGGGGUGGGGGGGGACUCUGGCUCCAGGGUUAGCGGGGUAGUGGGGGACUCUGGCUCCAGGGUUAGCGGGGUGGUGGGGGACUCUGGCUCCAGGGUUAGCGGGGUGGUGGGGGACUCUGGCUCCAGGGUUAGCGAGGUAGUGGGGGACUCUGGCUCCAGGGUUAGCGGGGUAGUGGGGGACUCUGGCUCCAGGGUUAGCGGGGUAGUGGGGGACUCUGGCUCCAGGGUUAGCGAGGUAGUGGGGGACUCUGGCUCCAGGGUUAGCGAGGUAGUGGGGGACUCUGGCUCCAGGGUUAGCGGGGUGGUGGGGGACUCUGGCUCCAGGGUUAGCGAGGUAGUGGGGGACUCUGGCUCCAGGGUUAGCGGGGUAGUGGGGGACUCUGGCUCCAGGGUUAGCGGGGUAGUGGGGGACUCUGGCUCCAGGGUUAGCGGGGUGGUGGGGGACUCUGGCUCCAGGGUUAGCGAGGUAGUGGGGGACUCUGGCUCCAGGGUUAGCGGGGUAGUGGGGGACUCUGGCUCCAGGGUUAGUGGGGUGGUGGGGGACUCUGGCUCCAGGGUUAGCGGGGUGGUGGGGGACUCUGGCUCCAGGGUUAGCGGGGUGGUGGGGGACUCUGGCUCCAGGGUUAGUGGGGUAGUAGGGGACUCUGACUCCAGGGUUAGUGGGGUAGUAGGGGACUCUGACUCCAGGGUUAGCGGGGUGGUGGGGGACUCUGGCUCCAGGGUUAGUGGGGUAGUGGGGGUCUCUGGCUCCAGGGUUAGCAGGGUGGUGGGGGACUCUGGCUCCAGGGUUAGUGGGAUAGUGGGGGACUCUGGCUCCAGGGUUAGCGGGGUGGUGGGGGACUCUGGCUCCAGGGUUAGCGAGGUAGUAGGGGACUCUGACUCCAGGGUUAGCGGGGUAGUGGUGGUGGAGGUGUCUGGGUCCAGCAGUCGCGGGGGGACAGAGGAGUGGGUGGCUGGGCAGAGGUCCAGAGGGAUGGCUGAAUCCCUGGCCAUGGAGGUAGAUGUGGGGUUAGGGUCAGGCUCUGGGCUAGGGCACGGCAGCAGAGGCAACUACGAAGAGGGAACAGGUGAAAUGAGAGACCACAGUGAAGGGGGACAUCUGAGACACAGAGGCUUUUUCCCGCCUAUCAAGACCAGGAUGGAGGAUUCAGUCAUGGAUGGUCUCACUCUUUCAUUCCAGCAAGGCUCUGCUAGAAAACCCUCUGGAAGGCUACAGGGCUCAAGUCACCACACCACGGCAGGUGUUGGGGCAACCCUGAGUGCAGGGGACUAUGAGGACAGGAGGAGGGAGUUUGAGGCCUGGCUACAGAAGGAGAACGAUACACUCUCAGGGAUUCUCAGCACAGAGGGACCGCUGAGCACCAAAGAACUCAAGAUCAGGCAGAACACACUCAUGACCUUGCGGUCCAGUGUAGACUGGGGUCAGGAGCAGUUCCAGCUACUACUGAUGGCUUGGGCUGUAGCCGGGGCCAGGGCUGACCGUGGGGCUGAGGAUGUGGGCAUGGAGGAGAUACGUUAUCGCUGGAUGCUCUACAAGUCCAAACUGAAGGACGUUGGAGACCUCAAGGCCCUGUUGAAUCUCAAGCAGGGUGCCAGUGCUGCUGGCCGAGAGGAACACACCAGGACAGCUAAGGAGAAGACUCCAGGCCUGCUGUACCGUGUGUGUCGAGUGGCCCUGCCCCUCUGGCUCCUGCUGUUGGCUCUGCUUCUCUUUGCCUUCUUCCUGCCCUGGAUGGACGAAGGCUCCAGCUGCUCUCUGUCCAACAACUUUGCCCGCUCCUUCAACAUCAUGCUCCGUUACCACGGACCUCCACCCACAUAGGAGAGGAGAUAUAGGACUAUGAAGACCAUUGAUCUUCACCCUCAAUCCAUUCUGUGUGUGUGUCAGUUUGGGUCAGUGAGUGUGUGUCAGUGUGUGAAUGAGCUACUGCUGUAUGUGUCAGUGUGUGAAUGUGUUUCUGCUGUA